AUGGAUACGGCGUCUUUUGCACCGACAACGGUCGACACUCAACCACCGGAUAUCAGCAACACAGUGGAGACUCGUUUUACUCCUGCAGGUCUUCUCUCGUUCCUGUACUAUCAAUACGAUCGCGUCUCGAGUGACAACAAUCGCGACUCCCAUCCCCAUGAAUUCCUUGCAUGUCCAGCUGAACAAGACGCGAAUCCACCAUUCUUAUGUCAAAUUUGCCAUAAGCGUCUCGUUGUCAAGGCAUUGUCAACAACAACAACCCAAGCAUCGAUAUGCAGUGCCGGCCCAACACACCAUUACCACUUGCAACAACAACCACCUCGUUUUGAAUGCUGUGGCUGUCGCUAUGCCAUGCAAGUAACCUUGGCCGAUCCUAUUAUGAAGCCCGAGCUAUUUCACCAGUUGCUCGAAGGACGACGUAUGCACCUUGAAAAGGACCAAGCUCAAGCACCCAACAUGGUUGACGCAUUGAAGCUGCUCUUGACCUAUGUGAAGAACUUGCUUGCGGGUGAUCAACGAAGCAUCAAUAGCAAGAAUCCUCAUUUUCAAGCACGUAUUGGAUUGGAUGAUGCAAGCAAAUCCAUCAUGGCAUGCAUUGGAUACACAUUCAACUCGGAGACUGAUUAUUUCGAUGCACCCCAAAUCACAUCAUCCGAUCGCAGUCGCUGGAUCAGCAUUCGUGAUGAACUCUUGGUCUGUCUCUAUGCAUUGCAAGAUCAAGUGAACGAUGAUGAUGAUACCACCCAGCUCAAUGUUGUCCCUACCGUCAAAAGAGCCAUGCCCACAUUACAAGAUACCAUCGGCGUCGAUCGAUCCAAGGAACGUCUCAUGCCUGAUGCUGAACCUACCGAGGAAGAUCAACCUGAACUCUAUUUGGGAAGCGUGGCCGAAGCAACCGAUGCCGUGUUGGUUUGGUUAUAUCAUCGCCUCAUCCAAGAAACACCUGACAAGGCACACAUUUAUAUCGAUGUUUUGGCCAAGGAAGCACGUAGGAGAGAAAGCGACAAGUUAUGGACCGAGGUGGCAUUGGAAUCCAGUAAAGGUCAAUUGGGCGAUACCGACAUCAAAAAGGCAUACAGCUACUAUGGCAUUGAUCCUCAAGCAAUGGAUGUGGAUGAAGGGGCUUUGAUCGACUUGUAUGAUUCAAAGAUGGAACAAGAACCAAAGUCUACAAAGGAGCACAGAGACGCCUUGGAAAUCAUCGCCAAUAUCCGAAUGAGCAAUGCAUUACGUGAACAUUUGAAAAAGACUGAAAAGACAACAACAGGAUCAGUACCUCCACCGCCACCUCCUCGCCAUGAAGGUCCUGUUGGAUUGAACAAUAUCGGUAAUACGUGCUAUCUGAAUAGCUUAUUACAGUACUAUAAUACGCUGGUGCCAUUGCGUGAGACAAUUGUACACAUGGAUGAUUUUGUGGAGGAUGAAACACAGCCUGGUUGGACACCCAAAAGAAUCGGUGGCAUUGAGGUGGAUCAAAAAGAAGUGCAGCGGGCAAAAAAGUUUGUUACCAAUCUUCGAGAGUUGUUUGUCAACCUUGGCAAUUCCAAAGCUAGAGCGAUAUCACCGACCUAUGAUUUGGCGUACAUGGCUCUUUUGAAUGGAAAGGAUCUUGAGGAAGCUGAAGAUAAGGCAACACAAAAAAAGCAGCAGGAUGAAAAACCAUCGCCAUCACCACCACCACAGCCACAGCCACAGCAGCAGGAGAAUGGUCAAGCGAAAAAGGAUGGGGAGCAACAUGAGCAACCAGAAGAUAACAAUACAUCAGCAUUGGAAGAACAACCAAAGGAGAAUAGAACAUCCAAUGGACAACAAGAGCAAAAGGAUGAGUUACCAGCCAAUGGUGCAGCUCAAGAUUCAGACGCAGCCUCCUCUGAAAAACCAUCAACCACCUCUGACAACAAUGGAUCCUCUGAGAAACCAUCAACCAUCUCUAACAACAAUGGAUCAGCUCCACUUUCAGACACGCCCUCCUCUGAGAAACCUCCUAUCUCUGAGAACAACAGCAAUGACGACUCGAUUGUGCCAGAUGCUGACAAGGAAAAUGAACUACCACCCUCGUAUGAUCAAGUUGUCAAGGAAAAAGAAAAAGGGGAUUCGAAUGGUGGUGCUCUUAUCCUUUAUGAGAAGAAGCCCGAAUUGCCUAGUAGGCGACCUAGUGCAGCAAACAUGAUGCUUGGCAAGCAACAAGAUGUCACUGAAUGCAUGAGCAAUGUCAUGUUUCUUAUUGAAGCAGCCUUGAAGCCUUUGGAAAAGAAAAAUGACGAGCAGACCAGAGAUAUUGUGCGAGACCUCUUUUAUUUCAAGGCCAGGCAAAUUCUUACCUACCAAGAUACCCAAACGCUUCGCAAUGUGCGAAAGGAGCAGCAUGAGGAAUUUGCUCACGUGAUGGUGGAUGCUGUUGAAGGCAAGGAUCUUUAUGAUGGAUUGGACGAGUACUUUUUUGCUGGACGGGUAGAAAACUUCCAUGGUGGACGAGGAGCUACGCGUGAAGUCACUGUCAGUACAUUUCCACCCGUAUUGCAGAUCCAAGUACAGCGAGUGCAAUUUGAUCGAGAGACAUCCAAUGUUUACAAGAGCAAUGCUUUUAUCAAAUUGGAAAAGGUGAUCUACUUGGACCGCUACAGUGAAUCCAAUUGUGAAGCGUUGGCGGGUCGUCGUGCUGAGGUUGCUGCAUGGCAAAAGGAGGUGGAAUCCAACAAGGAAAUUAUUCAACAGCUCACAGAAAACAAGGCGUAUCCAAUGCCCAUCCCCCAAAUGUUGGAAGCCUCCGCUGCUAUAUUGGAAGAAUAUCGUGAUCAAGAAAGCGAGGAACUGGCCCAGCUGCAUGAACAAGCAUUACAAUUGCUAAAAGAUGAGGCGGAUACAGCAAGGAAAACCAUUGAAAAGAGUAGAGAAACCAUUGAUCAACUCCAGCAACGGAUACGGGCACAAUAUGAAGACUUGACGGAUAUUGCGUAUCGCUUACACGCCGUUUUUAUCCAUCAAGGUCAAGCCAACUAUGGUCAUUAUUGGGUGUAUAUCUACAAUCAUCAAAAGCAACAAUGGUGGAAGUACAAUGACUCUUUGGUAACCAAGGUGGAUGAGAAUGAGAUUUUCCAGAAUACCACAGGACGCACAGCGAACCCUUAUUUUGUCGUCUAUAUCAAGGAAUCCGAAGUAGAGAGACUUGUUGAUCUUGGUGGUGCGACAAACAACCAUGAACAAGAGCAAGAGGAGCAAAAUGCCAAUCAAAGUACUAGUAGCUAA